AUGAAUUAUUUUGAUAACGAAGGUGCAAUUGAGAAAAUUAAAGCAGUUCUAGCGGAAACAAAAACGCCAUAUGCAUUUGGCUCAUGUCAGGAACGAUCUCUCUAUCCAGAAGCUAUACCUCAUCAUCGUCUUGGUAUAACACUGGCACCAAUAAAUGGGAAUGGAUUUGUUGGACCGACAACCUAUGACAUUGAAACUUCAAUGGCUAACAAGUUCAACAAGAAGAUUAUCAGUACUCGUGGGUAUAUAUUGGGAGCUAGAACAGCGCGUAGAAUGAAUAAUCACUUACGUAAUUCAAAUUUUCCAGAUCCUGGAGCUUAUCAAGAUUUUGUGAACAAAUCUUUGUUGGUCAAACCAAAUAAAGUACCAUUUAAUCAGUCCACACAUAGAAUAGAUAAAUCACUAAUCGAUGCAUCAACUGUUGGUGUUGGUACCUAUAAUGUAACUAAACAAUUAGAUCAACAUAUACAAUGGCAAAUGGAUACCAUGUUACAUCCUGUGAAUUUGCCUAAAAUUCAAUACAAUAGUACAAUAUUAAUGAAUACAGAUAAACUUAAUACAACGACUGAAUGUAAACGAUAUCAAAGAAAAUUAGCAUAUUUAAAAUUAUAUUAUAAUUAA